GAGUGAGAGGGGGGGGAGGAGAAAGAGCGAGGGUGCGCGUGCGCAGUGGCGUGGGGAGGAGCAGGGACCUGGCAGCGGGCUGGGAGGCUUGCGAGCCAGCCGCGAUCCGGGCGGGCGGCGGGCGCGCGCGCACCAUGGGGGAGAAACCCGGGACCAGGGUCUUCAAGAAGUCGAGCCCUAACUGCAAGCUCACUGUGUACUUGGGCAAGCGGGAUUUUGUAGAUCAUCUGGAUAAAGUGGAUCCUGUAGAUGGUGUGGUGCUGGUGGAUCCUGACUACUUGAAGGACCGAAAAGUGUUUGUGACCCUCACCUGCGCCUUCCGCUAUGGCCGAGAAGACCUGGAUGUGCUGGGCUUGUCCUUCCGCAAAGACCUGUUCAUCGCUACCUACCAGGCCUUCCCCCCAAUGCCUAAUCCACCCCGGCCCCCUACCCGCCUACAGGACCGGCUGCUGAGGAAACUGGGCCAGCAUGCCCAUCCCUUUUUUUUCACAAUACCCCAGAAUCUGCCCUGCUCGGUCACACUGCAGCCAGGACCAGAGGACACAGGAAAGGCCUGCGGGGUAGACUUUGAGAUUCGAGCCUUCUGUGCCAAAUCACUAGAAGAGAAAAGCCACAAAAGGAACUCUGUCCGACUAGUGAUCCGAAAGGUGCAGUUUGCCCCAGAGAAACCCGGCCCCCAACCUUCAGCUGAAACCACACGCCACUUCCUCAUGUCUGACCGAUCCCUGCACCUUGAGGCCUCCCUGGACAAGGAGCUGUACUACCACGGGGAGCCCCUCAAUGUCAAUGUCCACGUCACUAACAACUCUGCCAAGACCGUCAAGAAGAUCAGAGUCUCUGUGAGACAGUAUGCCGACAUCUGCCUCUUCAGCACUGCACAGUACAAAUGUCCUGUGGCACAGCUUGAGCAGGAUGACCAGGUAUCCCCCAGCUCCACAUUCUGUAAGGUGUACACUAUCACUCCGCUGCUCAGCGACAACCGGGAGAAGCGUGGCCUUGCGCUGGAUGGGAAGCUCAAGCAUGAAGACACCAACCUGGCUUCCAGCACUAUUGUGAAGGAGGGUGCCAACAAGGAGGUGCUGGGGAUCCUGGUGUCCUAUAGGGUCAAAGUGAAACUGGUGGUGUCUCGAGGCGGGGAUGUCUCAGUGGAGCUGCCUUUUGUUCUAAUGCACCCAAAGCCUCAUGACCAUAUCACCCUUGUCAGACCCCAGACAGUGCCUGCCCACCCACCCUCUUCCCUUCCCCCAGCCGCUCUGGAGACAGACGUCCCUGUGGAUACCAACCUCAUUGAAUUUGACACCAACUAUGCCACAGAUGACGACAUUGUGUUUGAGGACUUUGCCCGGCUUCGGCUGAAGGGGAUGAAGGAUGACGACUAUGAUGACCAGUUCUGCUAGGAAGGGGGGCUAGAAGAAGGGAGAAGAUGGUGCUGGGAGAGGUAGGGGCAGGACCAAGAUCCCACUGUGAGAGGGGUGGGGAGUUGUCCCAUUUUUUUCCCCUCCUUCCUCUCCAUCCAGCAGGUUCCUCAGCUAACCCCUCGGCUCCCUCCCCAAGAUACACACUGGACUCAUCGCUCAUUCAAACUGGGCAUUCAUCUUUUGACUACACACAGCUCUGUUUCCCCCUUACACAGGAUAGGGUGGCAGGCUGGGUUUACACCUAAAUGUUUUACAGGGGGCCACUGAAAACAAGGAUAGGAAAUGGGGGAGAAAGAACCCCUACAUUCACCCUCAUGCCAGCACACCCCCUCCUGACACCAUCUCUGCCUGCUAUUCCUUCAACAUGAGGCCUGGUGGGGACAAGGCCAUUUCUUUGUUUCUGAACAUACAGAAGAAAAUAAACCUUUUAAUAGGUA